AUGGACAGGUCUAAUCAGACCUCCUCCCUGGUAGGCUUCAUUCUCCUGGGCCUCUCAGCCCACCCAAAGCUCGAGAAGAUGUUCUUCGUGCUCAUCCUGCUCACGUACCUGGUGAUCCUGCUGGGCAACGGGGUCCUCAUCCUGGUGACCAUCCUGGACCCCCGCCUCCACACACCCAUGUACUUCUUCCUGGGGAACCUAUCCUUCCUCGACAUCUGCUACACCACCUCCUCAGUGCCCCUCAUUCUUGACAGCUUCCUGACCCCCAGGAAAACCAUCCCUUUCUCAGCCUGUUUUGGGCAGAUGUUCCUCUCCUUUGCCAUGGGAACCACAGAGUGUGUGCUUCUGGGCAUGAUGGCAUUUGAUCGCUAUGUGGCCAUCUGCAACCCCCUGAGGUACCCAGUGGUCAUGACAAAGGCCACCUAUGUGCCCAUGGCUGCCAGCUCCUGGGCAGCGGGUAUCAUCAAUACUGCAGUGCAAACACUCCAAGCAAUGCAGCUGCCCUUCUGUGGGGACAAUGUCAUCAACCAUUUCACCUGUGAGAUCCUGGCUGUCCUGAAGCUGGCCUGUGCUGACAUCUCCAUCAAUGUGAUCAGUAUGGGGAUAACAACUAUUAUUUUCCUGGGCAUCCCAGUUCUGUUUAUUGUUUUCUCCUAUGUAUUCAUCAUUGCUGCCAUCCUGAGGAUCCCUUCAGCCGAGGGGAGAAGAAAGGCUUUCUCCACCUGCUCUGCCCACCUCACAGUUGCAGUCAUCUUCUAUGGGACCAUUGUCUUUAUGUAUGCCAAGCCCAAGUCUAAGGACCCACUGGGGACAGAUAAACAGGACCUUGCAGACAAGCUCACCUCCCUUUUCUAUGGGGUGGUGACCCCCAUGCUCAACCCCAUUAUCUAUAGCCUCAGGAACAAAGACGUAAAGGCUGCUAUGAAGAAACUAGUACAUCAGAAACACCUAACUGAGGUGUAA